AUGUGCACGAGGAUGCACAAGGUAGAUCAGCUGGUCGACCAGCCGGGCGUGGUGGUGACAGCAGAUACAUGUGUAGAUAGUAGAUACAGUAGUGUGUCCAUUCGCAUCCAAGUACUUGCGAUACUUGCUGCACCGUCAUCCACCGCGCGUUUUUUUGCCCUGGGAGCGUUUGUAUCNACUUUAGCGGCGGGAGGACUAAACCCCAUCGGGCAAGAGCACGGCGUUUCAGCCAAGCNAGCAGCCGAACGCGCGUCACCACGGCGAAUCCGGCCCCUGGACUGCCGUGCGGAAGAGAUCACGGCCAUGCCAAAGCACACACGGCUAGAGCGGGCUGAGCGAGCGAGAGAGGGGCCUGUCGGGGCAAAAGCUGCUUCGGUGGUGCGUGGUGGCGGCAAUGCACAGCCUGCCGGCCAUGCUGCCAAAGCGAGGCACUGCCAGCUGCCCACUGCAACUGCAACUGCAACUGCAAUGAUUACUCGUACAAGCACUACUCACUCUACUGUGCCUGUUUGGGUGAUAAGCAGACACGGGCUGGAAAAAAAGAGUGUCAUGGCCCGCCGACCGCCUCGCUGGCCCGUCAGUACUCUACUGACUGCAGGAGUCAUGCAACUGCAAGCGUACACAAGCCUUGCCCAAGUCGUCGACGACCAGCCCGCCGCGCCUGGCCCGAGCGCGGGAUGCUCGCUCUGA